UACGUGAUGGGCGAAAGGCUCAUGGACAAUGGCUUCAAGAACGCCAUCGUAGAUGCUCUCGUCGAGGUGAGACCCUUCGGUAACACUGGAAAUAGUUGGGAACCAAGCGUCAGUAAACUUCCCAUCAAAUACACGGGUACUCCCGAGCACUCACCAGCUCGCCGUUUGAUGGUCAACAUGUGGCAAAUACAUCCAGACAAGAGUGAGGUCACUGUUCUGCCCCAAAUGCCAUCUGCAUUUGUGAAUGGUUUGGCCGAAGCUUUCAUUGAGACCAAAUACUCAUUCGAUAUGUCCUCUGUCAGGCUUGAUCUGAGGCUCUAUUUUGAUGCCUGA